UUUUUUCAAAUAUGUACAACGUUAGCUAUCAGUGGUCAUUUUAUGUAUGUGCCUAUUCUAAAAUAGGUUUAUUUAUCUAAGUGCGGAUUUUUGUUUUGAAAGUUUACUUACUCAAGUAGGUACCUACCUAAGUGCAAUAUGGAUUCAAAGGUUGUACUCAAAGAAAAAAAUCCUCACGACAAAGCAAACGUACUCUCUAAAAUAUUUUUGUGGUGGAGUUUUCGUUUAUUCAGAAGAGGCUACAAACACGGUUUGACUUUAGAAGACCUAUGGCAGGCUCGCAGUGGAGACCAGUCCGGACGUCUGGGUGACCGAUUGGAAGAAGCAUGGGAAAAAGAAUUAGAAAAUUCACGUAAAAAGAAAAUAGAUCCAUCUUUAUCAAGAGCAAUUGUUAGUUGCUUUUGGGUCGAAUACAUGUUAUGUGGAGUAGUUGUUGGGAUACUUUUUAUAAUUUUAUGGCCGAUGAUACCUUUCACGCUACGUUUAUUUAUAAAAUACUUCGCUGGGGAGAAAACUGAAGAAACUUAUAGAAAUGCGCAUAUUUAUAAUUUUUUAGUGAAUUUCCUUAGUAUAUUCACCGCCAUGGCUUUAAAUCAUACAGCAUUAGCACAAAGUUGUAUUGGUAUGAAAGUGAGAAUAGCGUCUUGUUCAGUCAUAUACAGAAAGAUACUGAAACUAAACCGUGUUGGUCUAAGUCAAACAGAAACCGGACAAGUGAUAAACUUGAUGUCAAAUGAUGUGAAUCGUUUCGAUAUUGCUGCCGGGUUUUUGAACUUCAUUUGGGUAAUGCCUCUGGUGGUACCGGUUGUUUUAUACCUGGUCUGGCAGCACAUUGGUUGGGCCACAUUUUCCGUACUCCCCGUCAUCUUCAUCCAAACAAUGGUAAUACAAGCAUAUUUAAGUCAUCUUCAAGGCGCUCUAAGAGGAAAAAUUGCAAGGCGCACAGAUAAAAGAGUAAAAGUUAUGAGCGAAUUAGUGAAUGGCGUUCAAGUGAUAAAAAUGUAUGCAUGGGAAAUACCUUUUGAGAAACUCGUUGAUAAAUUACGCAAGUACGAAGUGAAAUUUAUAUUACGGACUUCCUUUAUUAAAGGGUUUUCUACUGCUCUUAGUGUGUUUACUGAGCGUUUCAUUCUCUUUGCGGCUGUGGUCACCUUUGUAUUGACCGGGGGACACAUAAGUGCAGAAAUUACAUUUUGCCUUGUACAGUAUUACAAUUUACUGCAACUCGCUUGCAACAUCUUCUUCCCAAUGGCACUAGCAUUUCUUGCUGAAUCCAGAGUUUCCAUUAAACGGCUUGAGAACUUUCUAACUCUCGAAGAGUUAGAAACAGAGGUGCCGAAAAUCAACGGUUUUAGUGCUAAUGCUCUUAGCAACGGUAUAGACAAAGAAAAGGAAAGUGGCAAUGGCAAAGUAAAAUCCUUGGGCUUGGUUCUUUCUGGUGUGUCCGCUAGUUAUGAGCCUAACCCAAUUGUGCCCACACUGAGGAAUUUAUCACUGACAGCGAGCCCAGGGGAGUUUGUCGGAGUUGCUGGACUAGUUGGAUCUGGAAAGUCGUCCCUCUUACAAGUAAUUUUGGGAGAGUUGAAGCCAUCGCAAGGAACAGUGUCACUUGGUGGCGCUCGCAUUUCUUAUGCGAGUCAGGAACCCUGGCUUUUUGUGGCAACCGUUAGGCAGAACAUCCUCUUCGGUUUACCCUACGAUCGAAUGCGAUAUAAAAAGGUGGUAACAGCGUGCGCGUUAGUCCGUGACUUCGAGCAGUUGCCGGACGGAGACUCCACGUUGGUGGGCGAACGCGGCAUCAGCCUCAGUGGCGGCCAGCGAGCGCGCAUCGGCCUCGCACGCGCUUGUUACCGACAAGCAGACAUUUACCUCCUGGACGAUCCGCUGUCGGCAGUGGACACGCACGUCGGCAAGCACUUGGUGACAGAAUGUGUCAUGGGGCUUCUCCGACACUCCACACGCAUCCUUGUCACGCACCAGCUGCAUCAUCUCAAAACUGCCGACAAAGUCAUUAUACUAAGAAAUGGCGAGAUAGAAAUAGAAGGCAGUUUCGAGGAGGUCUCAAAGACCCCGCUGUUUGAGGAGCUGCUGGAAGAAGAGGAGCCCGCAGCCACAGCGGAAGUACCACACGCACAGGUGCAGAGGCAACGCACAAUGUCUAUUCAGUCUCGUUCAAGCGUCAGCACGAUAGCAGACGGUGCACAAGAUGAAGAUGAUGAUCCACAGGAAACUGCUGAGCUAAUGGAAACUGGUCGUGUAUCGAGUUCGGUGUACAGGAAGUAUUUCCACGCGGGCGGCAGCUGGGCUCUGCUGGUGGUCACAUUUUUGGGCAUUGUUCUCGCACAAGUGGUCACAUCUGCUGGUGACCUGUGGCUUACUCACUGGAUGAAUACAGCAGACGCGAUGCACCCUGAAGAGAUAAACGAGAGAAUUACAAAUAUAACAGCAAAUAUUACGACUGAUAUUACAACUAAUAUUACAUCUGUUGAUUCAAACAGCGAGAAUGGAUAUUUGCCGUCAAUCGACCAUAACUUUUACAUUUUUAUUUGGGGUUCUGCCAUAGUUGCAUGCAUGAUUCUGACGACCGGCAGAUCGUUGUUAUUCCUGUGGGUGUGCAUGUGCAGUUCCAUAAACCUGCACAACAAAAUGUUCAGUAACAUCUUGUCAGCAACGAUGCGAUUUUUCGACACCAACCCUUCUGGACGCAUCCUUAACCGAUUCUCCAAAGAUAUGGGUAUUGUGGACGAGAUCUUACCGAAGAUGUUCCUUGAUAGUAUUCAGAUGUUCAUGGUGAUGGCCGGUAUAUUAAUCAUGGUGGCCAUAGUGAACCCUUACAUGGUUCUGACGACAUUUUUCUGCGGUAUACUCAUGUAUUUGUGGACUAUAGUUUAUCUGAAUACAGCACAAGCUAUUAAAAGAGUGGAGGGCGUGUCGCGCAGCCCCGUGUUCUCGCACGUGUCGGCGAGCAUGGCGGGGCUGACGACGGUGCGCGCGUGCGGCGCGCAGGACAUGCUGCGCGUGCAGUUCGACGACAAGCAGGACGUGCACACCGCGGCCUGGUACCUAACCCUGAUCACUAACACGGCUUUUUGUAUAUGGCUGAGUCUCAUCUCGGCGUCUUAUGUCGUGAUAGUGUCCUAUACCUUCCUGAUGGUGGGUAAUGAAAAAACUCCGUCAGGCGACGUAGGUCUAGCAAUGAGUCAGGGGCUCAUUCUAGUGAACAUGGUACAACACGGCAUAAAGCAGACCACGGAAGUGAUAUCGCAGAUGACCAGCGUGGAGCGUGUGCUGCAGUUCACCAAGCUGCCCCAGGAACAGACGGACGGGCCCUCGCCGCCGAAGGGGUGGCCGCACCGAGCCAGGCUCGUGUUCAAGGACCUUUAUCUCAGAUACGACAGAGAGGCCGAGCCUGUACUCAAGAAUCUAAAUAUAGUUAUUGAGAGUGGAUGGAAGGUGGGAGUAGUAGGCCGAACCGGAGCAGGGAAGUCGUCCCUGAUAGCUGCGCUGUUCCGCCUGGCGCCGAUCGACGGACACGUCUACAUUGACGACGUCGACACAGGAGAGAUUGCCCUUAAAGAGUUGCGGUCGAAGAUCUCUAUCAUCCCUCAGGAGCCGGUGCUGUUUUCUGCUAGUUUACGAUACAAUAUGGAUCCCUUUGACAAAUAUUCUGACGCCGAAAUAUGGAAGGCAUUAGAGCAGGUGGAGCUGAAGCAGAGCGUGUCGUCGCUGGCGGCGGGCGUGGAGGCGGGCGGCGCCAACUUCAGCGCGGGGCAGCGCCAGCUGCUGUGCCUGGCGCGCGCCGCGCUCGCGCGCAACCGCCUGCUGGUGCUGGACGAGGCCACCGCCAACGUCGACCCCAAUACGGACGCGUUAAUCCAGAAGUCCAUACGGAAACAUUUCUCCGAUUGCACAGUGGUGACAGUCGCGCAUCGCUUACACACGGUCGCAGAUUCAGACAGAGUUGUGGUAAUGGAGGCAGGUCAAAUAGUAGAAUGCGGCCACCCUCAUGAUCUCCUGCAGAAAGAAGAUGGGCAUUUCAUUCGCAUGGUUAAGCAGCUUGGCUCCGCGUCGGAGCAGAGCCUGCGUGAGCAAGCCCGAAACGCCUACAUGCAACAUAUUAAAUACGUAGACGCUGAAGACCAGCCUCAAGUUAAAUAAACUACAGACAGUGCGCGAGAAGAGGACUUUCCUGUGAAUGUGACCUAUACUUAGUAAGCUGCGUACAGACCGGCCCAACGAACGCCCUACGAUGGAUAUUUAUCGUUCGCUAGCGUUGGCUUCCGCACGCUCGUUGGAGUUCGUUAAUACAUCCAAAUACAUUUAGUGCUCGAACGAACGUUCGUUAGCACUUGAUUCCGGUUCUUUUCUCUUUCAUUCGCAAUUUAAUCAUGGACGACGACGACAUCAUUAUAAUUGCUAGUUUUAUAUACCAAAACGAGUUAGCAAGAACAAGAAAAAAAUAACGAUAAGAAAUAUCCAAGUAAUUAUCAAAUUAGACGUCUACACGCUACGCACUCUUGCUUCAACUGAGCGUUCGUUCGUUGGCCUUCGGCGACCGUCCAAACAGAGUUCGAUCAAAUAGCUCGAUUUCUUUGAUGUUACCGCCACGCUUCGGAUCGCCGGCACACGCCAACGAGCGAUCGUUGGCAUUCGCUAAGCCGUCCAGAUUGCAGCAACGAAGGUCAACGAAACCCGUUCGUUGGCGUUCGUUUGGCCGGUCUGUACGCAGCAGUAGAUAAGGAGACAGUAUAUUGUCGUCUGUCGAUAAAUUAUUAUUCGGAAACUAAGAUAACACGUCGCACAUUGAAAACAAAAGUGACCCUAUCCAAAAUCUUGAUUAUUAUGACCAUUUAAAGAUUUGCGUUUAGCUAUUGAGCUU